AUGACGAGCGUCGCCGUAAGUAUCCGCCAGCGCGUCGUGGCGUUCGAGGCGCCGCUACAGGAGCGCAGAACGCUUCGGCAUCUCAAACGCAUCGUAUCUUCGCACACAGAUGGUUGUGCAUCUACCAAUACCACUUUUACGUCCUACAGCAGCGUCGCUAUCGCCCACGCAGGCGUUUUCCAGUUCCUCACGUUCUUGUUGUCGUCGAAAGGCUCUGCAAUGUACCCAGACGAGACGCAGCAGCUCUUGAAGCUGUUGGCUUCGAUCACUUCUACAACCGCUGCAAACGGCAGGUGUCAAGUCCUUGUGACGCAAACGUUGGAGCCCAAAAAGCAAUGGGAAGAUGCGAGCGCUCACUACUUUGUGGCCGAGACACGAGACAGACCUCGUCGUUGGAUGUAUGUGCUACUUACGUACCGCCCGCAGCAGCUAUUGCCAUUGUACAUGGCGUCGGCUAGACGUGCUGUCGCGUUUGUCAAUGCUGUGGUGGCCCUAGUGACUGCAAACGCCUACGUCUCGACGCUAGGAGGUGGCCACUUUUUGUGUCGCCAUCUGAACCACUCGACGCUGUUGGCCAAGCUGCAGAUUGGCAUUUCCAUGGGACUGCAGGAUCCGAUAUUGGAGAGCAAAUGCAGAGUGAAUCUCAUGUACAACGCGCUGCAGUUGGGCAAAUUCAAGCGGGCAAAGAGGAUCUUGCGACGAGAAGAGCUCGUGGCAGAGCAGCUGGAGAGUGACGAGCUGCGCAAGGUCUGUCAUGCUGCUAGUGUGUACUUGGACAAAAUGGAUCGACUGCACGAAAAGCAGUUGCUGGUCUACAGGAAAAAUGGACACCCUGCAACGCUGCAUGACAAUUUCUACCGCCAGAGGAUCGUCCGCGUAACCAAGUGA